CAGCAUCAUACCCAUUUCCUGGUUGGAAUGCGACGUUUUCGCUUUAGCCUUCCCCCGCAUUAUUUUGGUUUGGCGACGUGAGGUCACGUGUUUCGGAGACGGUGACGUAGCCGAAUAGCGUAGACGGAGUAUGGAGGGAGCGGGAGAGCUGAAAUGGGACAUUGAACCGCAUAACGGCAAAGAACACUUCUUCACACAUGAAUGUUAUGAAAGAUAUUCGUUGAAACCAUCACCAUAUGAGCUUUUUCUUCUGUCCAGGAAACACAAAGCACCUGAAGAUGUAUCAAAAGCUGAAGAGAAAAAACCUGCUGGGGACCCCCCAGUUACAGCUAACGCUGAGGUGACAUCCACUUCCAGUUCAGUUAUGGAACCAGCACUUCCUGAGUCACGAUUCUCCUACCCCUUUUUUUCUUCCCUUACUAAGCAAGAACAGAGGACUUAUGUACAGCUGAUGAUAAAGUUCCUAAGUAAGAGAGUGAACUUCAAGCCUCAAGUAGCCCAACAGCAGGAUUAUGACUACUACCUGUUUUUAAAGGAGAAGUCAAGCAAAGAAAAUGCAGAAUUCCUUAAGUUUCUACAUAACAGUGCCAGAAGCUGCACAAAGGAUUAUGAGUGGCUGUGUCCAGAUGCUGACUGGUACACCCAAAAUUUUCUAAAAACUUGUCAGGCGUUUGUGAAGAAUUAUCCAGAAUUUUACACUGUGAACAAAAUGACCAGCAUCCUUGGGGGAAAGUUUAUUCCUGACCUGAGCUUAACACUAGAAAAGUGCCUUCUUAAAAUGGGUACAGCACCUUUUGUGAAGCUAAAAUUUCCAGCUUCUGAGAUUGAUCUCUCUGCUUCAUUCAGUAAAGUGUUCAAAAAACUGCCCCCAGAAAAAAAGGCUACUUUUCAGCACGCGAGUUUGAUAACAGAUCCAAAUGUGGCCAAUCUUGCUGUUAAGUACAGUCCCCAAGUUGUGUUGACAUCCCAGGUGUUAUAUACCCUACUGAACAAUCAUGGCCCUAGCUAUGUAAACCAAUGGGAAAUUCCCUUACGAGUGGAAACCAUUCAUAAAACUGGUGAGAAACCACAUAAAAUAGUAUAUAUGGACCCUCCUCUUCCUAAGAAGGAGGUGAGCGUGAGGGAAAAGAACAAAAUGUUUCAUGAAGCACCAUUAGACUUUCUCUUAAGGAAGAAAAACAAUCUUUUGUUAGAGGCUAUACAACUAGACAAACCAGGAAUUUGGAGUCAGACUCUAAAUGAAAACCGCCCAGAAAGGGUGCAGCAAAGCUACUACGUGGAUGUUGAUUUUGAAAAUGACGUGACAGAACUUGAGACUUUUGGAUGCACAAAAAAUACCGUAAGUGCUUCGAGGGAUCCUGAGUCUGCCCCAGAAUCUGCAAAAUCCAAUUCUGUCAAAAUGUCACUUGAGAUGGAAAAACAGGUUAUCGACUCCACCAAGCAUGGGAUUAUUGAAGGUAAAAUAUUAUCACAGGAGGACUCGAUCAGCACAACACAGUCACCUUCGUCUAACUCUGAUGUCGAAUCGUCUUUUGAAGGCUUUAUGUCAGAUGAGGUACAGGUAACAAACUCAAGCUCAUUUUCCACCAACACUAAAAAAUGUGCAGCAAAAUCCAAGAUCUCUGAACACAGUGCUGUUGGUUUUGCAGCCAAUCCAUCUGGCAAACUAGACCAGAGUCAGAGCGACUCAGAGGAUGACCGACUUGUUAUUGACAUUGAUAGUUCAAAGAAUAAUAAAGUCAUCCCCACUCUCAGGCCCAAAUCUCCUGCUUCCCCACCAUCCACUUGCACAAAAGAAUCUGAGUGCUUACCGAGAAAAUCUAACCGAGCGCUCUCUAAAGAGUUUGAUCCUGUGGGACAAAUCCUGAAGAUGCAAAAACAUCUGCUAAAAUCAGGUACAAAGAAAACUCAAGAACAAGCUGAUCUAAAUCCUGAGAGUGGACAUGUGGCACAACAAGAAGUAAUAACACCAGUAAAUCCAUCUGUCUCCCUUGUGUCUGAAGCAGAUCAUGUCAAUCCAGUGCACGAAGCACGUCAUUUUAAAAAGUCAUUACUUUCUAAAGACCUCUUGGCUGCCUCAGAAGAUGAAACAAAGUAUAUAGCCCCAACUGAAGGUAAUCGUACUUACAAACUCUUCAGCCUGGAUGAUAUGCUUUUGCUGAUUCGAAGCAAUGUUCAAAAAGCCUACACAUAUGCACGUUCAGGCAAAGCUUCCCGAAAGCAAGUCCCUGGGUAUGUGCUAACGAAGAUCAAUUAUCAGUGGUGUUAUGGAGUAGAGAUUCUUACUGAAAGUGAAAUCUGCCAACUGUGGACUGAAAGGCUUUUGCAUUCCAAUAGCAUGUUGUACAUUGGUCAUAUUGAUGUAUUUACAUCCAAGUUCUUUAUGUUGGAAGAGGUCACCUCCGAAAGGCUCGACGACUUGAUCAGUAACUUAAAGCCUGUUAACAGCCUAAAUAUUCUCCAUCAUAUCCUGAAGUGGGUGUCGGAUCUGCAGGAAGGAUCUUACCUUCUCAGUCAUACUUCUGGAGACUCCUCAGUCUGCCUCUACAAAAGUAUUUCAGAAAGCUGCCGUCGAUCCUACAAUCUGUAUGAUGCUCACGCCAGCCUUCCAAAAACCCCUUCCACACUGUGUGUUCCCUGGGUGGCCGUGAACUCUAAUCUUCUUCUACCUUACCAUAUCCAUCAUGGGCGUCCUCCUUGCACAUUCCCACCUACUACAGAUGGGAAGAAGGUGAAGGCUCCGGUGAAUAAACAGAAAGAAUGCCAAAGUAAUAAAGAGACCCUUGCAAAGCCAGCAACAGACAGUGAGGCUUCUGAACCUCCAAACAAGACAAGGAAGAAGAGGAAUAAAGGAAAGAGACCGGCCAGGAUAUCAAAGUUGAGAGCAAAACAAAGAAUUUGGAGUGCAAAAGCAGCUAAAUAGACUGGUGGGCAUAAAUCUAAUGUAAAGUGAUAUGAGAGACACACUGGAGCCUCACCUGCUAUCUGUAGGGCCUUGAUGUGCAUGUUUGAGUGGGUGGGAUUCCAUUAAACUGGAGUCAAUGAGAUUUGGCCUUCCUUUAAUUCCUGUUUCUGGAUAACUGAUCCCAUACCUGUACUUAAAUAAAUACAAUGUCCUGUGGCCCCCACUGGUAAA